AUGGCCACACCUGUUCUGUGGGCCUGCUUCGUGGUUCUUGGCGGGGUCGUGGUCUAUGCCCAGAGACACAGCCAGCAAGAUACUCACAUGCUGUAUGAACGCCUUGGCUCAGACGUGACCCUUCCCUGUGGGACAGCCACCUGGGACACAGCAGUCACCUGGAGGGUCAACGGGUCAGACCUGGAGGCUGCUCACCUUAAUGGCUCCCAGCUCAUCCUUGAAGGCCUGGACCUUAGCCACAAUGGUCACUACGCCUGCUACCAGGGCUCAUCCUGGCACCUGCGCUACCAGGCCCUGCUGCACGUGGGCAUGCCACCCCGAGAGCCCAUCCUCACCUGCCGCUCCAACAGCUACCCCAAGGGAUUCUACUGCAGCUGGCACCUGCCUGUACCCACGUUCAUACCCAACACCUUCAAUGUGACAGUUCUACAUGGCUCCAAACUGUUAGGCUGUGAGAAGGAUCCAGCCCCCAAGAACCGGUGUCACAUCCGAUAUACACACCUCUUCUCUACGGUCAAAUACAAGGUCACACUGACAGUCACCAAUGCCCUGGGCCACAAUUCCACAGCCAUCACCUUCGAUGAGUUCACCAUAGUGAAGCCAGAUCCUCCAGAGAAUGUUGUAGCCCGGCCUGUACCCAGCAGCCCUCGACGUCUAGAGGUGACCUGGCAGACGCCCUCCUCCUGGCCUGAUCCUGAGUCAUUCCCUCUCAAGUUCUUCCUUCGAUACCGGCCAUUGAUCCUUGACCAGUGGCAACAUGUGGAACUGUCAGAUGGCACUACCCACACCAUCACCGAUGCAUAUGCUGGGAAGGAGUAUAUCAUCCAGGUAGCUGCUAAGGACAACGAUAUUGGGACGUGGAGUGACUGGAGCGUGGCCGCCCAUGCCACACCUUGGACUGAGGAGCCCAGAUACCUUACAACAGAGGCUCAGGCUCCAGAGACCACCACCACCACCACUACAUCCUUUGUCCCCCCUCCCACCACGAAGAUCUGUGAUCCUGGAGAGGUUGGGGAUGGUGUGGGAUCCUCGCCCAGCCUCCUGCUGACUGUGACUGUGACCGUGACCAUGACUGUGACCACCAUAGCAGCUACUGGCCUCUUUAUUUAG